AUGGCAUCGCUUAAGUCGCUCGCUGGGCCGACUGCGCUGAUCCUUUGCGUGCUGAUUUCGUCAGGAUCAACCGUGGUGUUGGCAUCUCGUGGCAAGGCGCUGGGAAUCCGCAUCUGGUCUCUUCUGCCGCCCUUCCUCCGCAUUGGCGGUGGCAACAGCUGUAAUGGCGACAGCAAUGGCGGUGGUGUUGGCGGGGAGGCAGCAUCGUCGGCCACGGCAGCAGUGGCGGCGGCUGUGGGACGUGUUGGUGGGGAAGUGGGGGAGGCGGCAGAGUUGCUGACAGGGCGCGGUGGUGGCGAGGAGGGAUUGGCAGGAGCAGCGACGGCGGUGGUGGAACGUGUUGGUGGGGAGGUGGGGGAGGCGGCGGAGUUGCUGACAGGGCGUGGUGGUGGUGGCGUUUCCAGUGACGGCUCUCAUUCCCUCGUCGCUCCCCUCCUCGUUCCCCUCCGCUCUCCACCCCUCACUCCCCUCCGCACUCCCCUCCCCGCUCCUCUCCGCGCUCCCCUCCUGGCGCCCCAGCGACACCGCGGCGGGCGUUUAGGGGGCGGCGGCGCGCGCAGAAGAGCCGAGUCUCGUUUCCAACCACUGCACCGUUGUACAGUUCGUACUGCUUCUGCUGCUUCCUUUCUCCCUUCCCUUUCCCGGUACCAUCCCUUCUACUGGACAUACGUGUUCAACUGCUUCGGCGAGCACUCGUGGCGGUUUGCAGGAGCAGCGUUGCUAGCACUCCUGCAUCACUCGCUGCUGCCCGUGGCUGUAGCCAGCUUCGUCAGCCAAUUGGUGGUAUUUAUAGGCGCUCCUCUGGUGGGAGAGCUUAUGGACUCGGCUCCUCGGGUGGCUGCCUUCAGCACCAUCUCUGUUGCCCAGACCACAGCUAUGGUAGUAGCAGCUCUAGCCACCAUGCACGCCAUUCAACUCGCCGCCCCAGCUGCAGCAGCAGCCGCUGUUGCAGGCGCAGCUGCCACGUCAGCCGCCACAUCAGCCGCCACAUCAGCUGCCACGUCAGCGCUGGCUGCUCUCCCGGGCACGGCUGUGCUGCGGCAAGUGUGGUUCAUGGUACUGGUGGUGGCAGGCGCUGUUGAGAGACUCACUGGAUUGGCCUCUGGAGUGGCGUUUGAGAGGGACUGGGUGAUUGUGUUGGCAGGGCAGGAUCGCCCCGUGGCUCUGGCCAACGCCAACGCCAUGCUCCGGAGGGUGGACCUGUGCUGCGAGGUAGCAGCGCCGCUCAUCUUUGGAUGGCUCAUCGUGGCCUUCGGCCCGCUGGUCUGCGCCAGAGCAUGCAUCGCCCUCGUAGCCCUCUCCCUCCCUGCCCUGCUCGCCCUCACCACGCUCACCAACCGCCUCUCCCAAGGAGCCCUCAGCAGGCCUCGCCCUAUCGACAAACCUACUCAUCCCUCGGAGGAAUCUCAGCUGCUUGGUGUUCUUGAGAACAACCAAGAAUGGAUGAGUUCUGCUUCUGCGGCGCCUCAAAGCCCGCUUGGGGAAGUUGAGAGCACUCAGAAACCGAUGCAACAAGAGCUUUCCUCCUCAUCCUCUUCCUCUUCCUCGCUACAGGGGUCCUACGCACCUCACUCCUUCUCCGCACCGCCCUCGCCCCUCCUCCCCCUCCCUUCCUCCUCUCUAUUCAGCAACUCUCUGGGUGCAGAACCCCUCGCCUCGCUCUGCUGCUGCCACCGCUCUUGCUCGCACCCUGUGAACGUGCCACAUGCACCAGCAGGGAUGUUGGGUGUUGAGCAUCACAGGCACACGCUGCUGCGUGCGUGCAGCACUGGUCGUGAUUGUGGUGCUGCUGCUGGUCCUGCCGCGGCUGGUCCUGCCGCUGCUGCUCCCGCCGUUACUGUUGCUGGAGAGGGUGUUGGGAAAUCGCUGGAUAAAGCAGUGCGGGGGUUGGGGAGAGUGACAGAGGCAGCAGCGAAAACGCUAGAUAAUGCAGCGGCCGGGGUGGGGAGAGUGGCGGAAGCAGCAGGGAAGGGGUGGCGGUGCUACGUGCAGCAGGCUGUGAUGCCCGCCAGUGCAGCCUACGUGCUUCUCUUCUUUAAUGCUGUGCUGUCUCCGGGGGGGCUCCUCACAUCCUUCCUCUCCCAACAUGGCGUGAAGAUGUCAGUGAUAGGGGCCUUCAGAGGCGCCUGUGCUGCCAUGGGCUUUGCUGCUACCUUCGUUUCGCCACUGCUCGUGGCGCGACUGGGUGUGCUACAGGCUGGCAGUGCUGCUCUCGUAUUCCAAGCUCUCCUCCUCGCCCUCGCAGUUGCCAUUUUCUCCUCUCUCUCGCGCUGUCCUCCGGUGCUGCAGCAGGGGAUGCUGCUGCUCUUCCUUGUCCUCGUCGUGCUGUCUCGAGUGGGCCACUGGACGUUUGAAAUCGUCGACUCGCAAAUAAUCCAAACAGCCAUCCCGCCCGCCUCCGCCAAUCUCAUCGGCACCACCGAGAUCGCCCUCGCCAGCCUGGCGGAGCUACUAAUGUUAGGACUCGCAAUAGUCGUUCACGAUCCCAAGCACUUUGCUGCUCUCGCUGCCAUGUCCAUGGCUGCUGUUUUUGCUGCGGCUGGGGUUUACUGCUCCUGGCUGGCUCGGCCCGAUCCGAGGAUUGAAAAGCUGUUCCCGAACCAGCCGGAGGUUCGGUGGGGGGGGAUGUUUGGGAGGCGGGGGGACGGAGGGGGGAGGAAGUGA